ACUUAUGAUGAAGCUAGGGCGGAGACGGCGAGGAACAGGGGUGGCUAUUAUAGGCAGGAGUGGUUGUACAGGUUGUUCGAUAUGCAUCAUCAAACUGGGAUGCUUGACUGCGCUGCUAGGGCGUACAUGCUCCUCCUAGUUGGGUGUACUAUUUUUACAGACAAGAGUUUUACUCUCGUAGAGGCAAAAUAUCUACCGCUGUUUAGAAACUUGUCAAAUUGUGGUAAAUAUUGUUGGGGUGCAGCUGCUUUGGUUACAUUGUAUGAGCACUUGGGAGAUGCCUCUAUGUUUACUUGCAAGCAACUUGGAGGAUAUGUGACACUUUUACAGUGUUGGAUUCAUGAAUAUUUUCCGAGUCUUGGUAAUCGAGCAGAGAGUCGAAUUUGUUGUGAUAAGCCAGAAAAAGGCGCCGCUCGAGCUAUGCGAUGGAAGUAUAAACAAGGGACUCUUAAGGUUGAUCAAAUACGAAGGUUGAUAGAUGAUCUGACACCUGCAAGUGUCAUAUGGCGCCCAUUUGAAAGUCACCGCCAGAUAAUUCCAUUUGAUGAUAUAUGUCUAUACAAUGGUUGUCUUCGUUGGUGCAACACUUUAGUACUUUACUUGCCUCAGAGGUGCCUCCGACAAUUUGGAUACAUGCAAUAUAUACCACCACCUCCUCCAGAUCCUCGUACCUUUGAUGUCGAUGUUGAGUGGAUUGAUUACCAUUCAAGUGUGCAUCGGGUCAUUGAAGGAGCACUUCCGGUGACAUAUACAUUUGAGGUCACAGAGACAUACAUGGAGUGGUACUACAAUGUAUCGCAUCCUCGUUUGAUAUGCUCUGGUGAGGAGCCGCAUAGACCAGUCCCUCUUCCGGUGUAUAGCGUCCCUAAUGAUGCACGGCCUUCUGAUCCGAGACUGGCUUUGAUUGCUUCCGAACUACAAGGUUACUUAGACGAGAUUGGGGCUACGCCAGAGAAACCUAUGCAUAGGCAUUUGUACCACGCAUUAAAUUUGGCUCGUGGUGGACCUUUAUAUUAGUUAUCUUUAUUAUUUUAUAUGUUGUAUUAUCGACAUUGAUUUGUUUUAUAUGUUGUAGUAUCGACAUCAGAUUUAUUUUUUAUGUUAUAUUAUCAACUUUUAGUUUAUAGAA